AUGCCGCAGAACGAACAAACCCCACGGCUGGCUCUCGUGUUGAGGCUGACCUGGAUGACGCCCUUCAGCAAUCGAGUGCGAGACGGCAAAGUUUGCCGUUUUCCAGAGGCCCGAAUUGACGCUUGCGAGCAUCCAAAUUCAUACUGCUUGGUAAUAUGUACGUCAUGCUUGUGGGGCGUUCUGACAACCCGGUCCGUCGUACCUUUGCCGCUAGCCAGGGUUCGACUCCAGCGCUGGCUCAGUGGAGAACUCGAACACCCCCAGAAACUUGAAAGUCAAUACACCAACCCACCUCUCAGUUCAAAGCAGAAGUCGAAACCACACAGGGUCACAUCGGCAGAGCAGGAGCAUGUUUCUCUGGUUGGUGGAGAACCUUGGAUCCUUUCGAAGCUACCAGUCUGCAUGGAUGGAUAUACUCCGUCCAGGCUCAACCCUAACUGGCCAUGA